UUUUAUUUAUAUGUAAACACAAAACAGGAAAUAAUGUUAUCUGAACAGAUAUGAUUUUAUGGUCAACAUAAAUGGAGGACAACGAACUUGAGAUCAAAAAGCUAAGAGAGUUGUUCAGAGGACGAUUUACGUUUGAGGAAGCACGGUCGCUAAUUGAUCAUCACCAUGGAGACUGCCAGGCAGCUGCUAAUUUUGUACUUGAUGAGGAGCCAGUAACAGUUAGAUAUGUAAUUGGGACGGAUAAUGAUCUGUGGCAAGUUGUUACAAAUAAUCAAAUAUGGAAAGACUUAGUACGACAAGGAACUAUUCUAAAACAAGAAAGACAGUUUGCAUGCAGCGCGUGUGAUAACGUCUGGUGGAGAAAAGUUCCAAACCGGAAGCUGGUUUCUAAGUGUGUGCGAUGUAAGAUACGAUAUGAUGCUGUACCGACAGAAUACGAAUGGGGAAGAGCUGAAUUGAAUUGCCAGUUUUGUGGAAAUGUCUUCAGAGGGUUUGGACAAAUGGGAGUCGCUUCAAGUCCUUGUUACAGAUGUGGCACGGUAUGUUCGCCGAAAGCAAUCAUACCAAGACGGAGGUUACAAGGAAAAAGAUCCAGAAAUGUUCAUUCAUGUUUCUGCCGGAACUGCUUUAAUCGAGCAGAUGGGCCUAUUUUUGAAGAAACCUGCGUCCAUCCACGUUCAUUGCACCGGCGUGUAGUGCAUGCUAGCCAACAACACUACAGCUCCGGAUCUACAGUUGAUACGUUCUUAACACAAGAUGACUUAGCUUCACAGGUUUCUGAUUUUGAACCAAUAUUAUCAGAUAUUGAUGAAUGAUGCUGUCAUGGAGUAUGAUGUUUUUUCAUAGUUAAUAAAUAUACAUCCCUUUC